AUAAAGGGGGGGGUGAGAGAGAGAAACUAUCCCAGGCACUGUCAGAUACAUCUAGUGCUAUAUGUAUAAAAAGUCUGGAAUAUAAUUGCCUUGGUUUAAGGUGCGAAAAUAAAAUUGGUGUACGGUGAAACACUAUAGGGAGACCGCACAGGUUUUUGAUGUGAUAAUCUGGCAAUAUAGAGCACCAGACAAGUAUUAACUGUCACACAUCACAUUACUGUCUUCUGAUUGUAGCAGGUGAAAUUACUUAGCAUGCACUUCGAAUGAAUUAGAUAUUACCCCACACUAUUUGAUAAAUGCUUUAACAUACAAUAAUUUUACUUUUAACUGUUAAUUACAUUUAGAAUGCAUCAAAGAUGCCAAUUUCCAAUGGCUUAAUUAUAUGAGAAGUGGGUUAUUAAACUGAAAUAUGACUCAAAGAUAAGAGUGAUGAUAAGUGGUAUGGUAUCUUCAUGACAAAGAAUUUCUGAUAAUGCAUUUAGCUUUGUGAUGGGAAUCUCUUGAAUGUUAAAGACAAAAAUAAUUUGAUAACAUUACAGUACAUUUUGAGGUGUUACUGAGUACAGUAUUGUAGAGUAAAAUGGCUCAGAAUUUAUGGCAAGAAAUAAAGGCUGCAACCAUGAGUGGACGAGACGGCAGCCCAAAAAUUUCUCUGGCACUGCUGAAAGGCAGAGCCACAAACCAGAGUGUACCAAGCAUUAGCUUUAGAUUUAAUUCAACAGCAGAAAACAUCACGCAAGUUUCUGAUCCCGAAGAAGAUGAUGAAGAUGUGUCAAGUGAAGUCUCCCUUGGUUCUUCAUUAGACGCAUCCUCUGCCGGUGUAGUUCGUGCAGAGUCCUUGCGAGAGUCGUCACCAGUAAGGGAAUAUCUUGGUCGCUCCUUUGGCAAGCGCUCUUCUAGUUUAGACAGUAAUUGUGCGCCACUAGUCGAUGCUACACAGCCUAAAUCUUCCGAAAGUGGUGGGCUUCUUUCCAGACUCACAAAAACAUUUGAAGAAAAGAUUAAUGAAAUUCGGAAGGAGAAGGAGGGCAGAGUUGAAAAGGACAAGGAAAAAGACCGUCUUGGAAUUGCUGGAGAUGGUUCCACGGAAAGUGAUGGUGGGUCAGUCAGUGGAGAUAAAUCUCCUACAUUAAAAGACAAAAAACCUCUUGAUAUUGUACAAAAAACUCUUGACGAGGAAAAAACAUUAAAGACAGAACUAGCUGGAUCUCCUCCAAAGUCCAAGACCAGUAUUGUUCAAGACAUAACUGAACAUACUAGCAAAAUAAAAACUGAGUUGGGUAACAUUAGGCCAAAGCUUUCAGAAUUACGCCAUCGGCGAAGUAGCAAAGAAAGUAGCAAAAACAGCAAAGACAAUUCCAAAAAUAAACCAUUUCCAUUUACUUCUCUCCUUGGGCGAGAUGAAGGAUUGGGAGAGGAGAUGCUAAUAGAAUGUGAUGAAGCUGAAGUUGAUAGAGCGGUAGAAGCACAGGAAGAUCCAUGUGUGUUUCACGAAGACCUAGCAGUGAUGGACGGCGAGAUAACCACCGAAGAAAAACAAUUUGUCGAGUGUAAAUUCUCACCACCAAAGCCAUCUUUGCGGAAAAUAAAACCUUCAUUACUGGCAGAGGGAGUAAAUGAUAUAACAUUUAGAGAACAGUUUCUAGAAAUAGCAAAUAUGUUGCCAGUAUCUGUGUCCCUUCUGUCAAAAAUGUCAAUGGUUAUAUUUUGUUUAUGCUUUGUACUACCCAUUCCAAGAUUCCUGGCUGGUCUUAUAGCUGGAGUGAUGAUAUCGGGGUUAGUAUUUUAUUGCCUCCUUCAGUUCCUGAUACCCCCUGCACCCGACAUACCUCCAGUCGAUGACGGACCAGUCUUGUUAACGCUGCCGCCAUAUGAAGAUCAACAGUUGUAUAAGGGUUGGAUGAAUGAGUUAGAAGGGGACUACAGCCCAGACACAUACCAUGUGACUCUCACUCACUCUGUAUUUGUAAGGCUUCAAGGAUCCAAACUUCAAAUUGAUCAUCCUAGAGGGAAAGUUCCCAAACAUGCCAGAAUAAAAGAAGAAAUUCGCAAUAGUGUAUUUACUCACCAUCGAGAAUAUAACAUUGCUGGCUGCCAAGUCAUGCUCUUGCCACGAAAUUUACCCCGUAGAUGGUUAUGGAGUCGUAAGUACCCACUGUGCAUUCGUCUUCAGACUGGAUCUAAGGAAAGCUCACCUUGCCCGCUGUCCAUUGCUUCGACUCCCACAGGCUCGGCCCAUGGCAGUCCCACACACACUGCAGGCUCCAAUCUUGGGCGGCAGGGUAGUACUGAAAGUGGAGAAGGAAAUUGGAGCUUGGAUAACAAUAAAUCUUCCGGAGAAGAUGAUCUACUGACGUCAUCUCUGGAUAUGGCUUCAUUUGAGGAAGUAACACAGGACAUGUGCCAAGAGAAGUCUUUGUACCUCUUUGCUCGAUCUGAUCGGGAAAAGGAUGAUUGGUUUAGACGCUUAGUAGCAGCAUCAGAACUUGCUUUGCCUCCAGAGUCCUCACCCAGUCACAAACCUGUAACUCAAGAAGUGGGAGAUACUGUUCUUCUGGAGGGGAUACCAGAAGUCCCUUUGAACCUCGGCAAAGAACAGCAGCAACAGGAUGGUGCAGCUUCAACUCCUCCAGAAAUGUGUUUUGAACGGUACAUGGCCAGGCUUCUUUAUCAACCUGGUGGCAUGUCAUCUGACGGAACACCCGGACCAGCAAAUGUAGCAUGGAUCAAUGCUCUAGCUGGGCGAAUCUCUUAUGAUUUUUUACGUAACCCAUAUUGGGCUAACAAGGUUCAAGAACGUGUUCAGCGAAAAUUAAGCAAGCUGCACGUCCCAUACUUCAUAGGAGAUCUUGUGGUUUGUGGAGUGAAUUUGGGAUCAGCCACUCCUCAGCUGUGUGCUGUGGGGAGUCCACAAGUAGACUCAAGGGGCCUUUGGGUUGACCUUAAUAUUGAAUAUUCUGGUAAUUUCACAAUGAGUUUAGAGACAAAGUUGGACCUUAUGAAACUUAAACGUACAUCUGGCUUGGAGGGCAACACUCCAAAUACAUCCUCUCCUCCUAGUCCAGCAGAACCUGCACCACAUGCAGGGCAACGAGUAUACACUCGAUCCCCUUCUUCUGACCGCCUUCUUCGUAAUCUUCACUUUGAUACUGACACAGAUGAUAGUGUAGAAUCCUCAAGCGAAGAAGAAGGAGAGGAGGAAGGUCUAGCAGCUGAGGCUGGGCUUCCUGUUGGUGGCAGUGGACCAACUUCUCGACGGUUAUUAAGACUUGUUGAUACUGUGGCUGGAUCACGCUACUUUCAGCAAGCUGCCGAAUCUAGGUUACUGCAGCGAGCCCUUCAGGGUGUGAGUAACACACGAAUAGAGCUCAGUGUCGAGGUACGGCGACUCGCAGGAACCUUGGCAUUGAACGUUCCUCCACCUCCAGCUGACCGCCUCUGGUAUGGGUUCCGUGGAGUCCCCGAAUUGGUCAUGGUGGCACGGCCCAGACUUGGAGAUCGCGUUCUUAACUUGCCUUUCUUAGUAGAAUUCAUACAGAAGCAGCUGAGGGUUAUAUUUGAGAAAGUAUUUGUACUUCCUAAUAUGGAUGAUAUUGUGAUUCCCAUAAUGUCUCCACUCCUUCCUGGCCAGUAUCAACAGCCCAGGCCACCCUGGGAGUCGUCACAUGUUCCGCUCACCACCACUACUUCAACAGACACAACUUUACCUGUCCUCUUUAAGGCCACAAGCCCUAGUGUAUUAACUCCAACUGUCAAAUUCACUCCUUCUCCACAUUAGUAGUACUGAAGUAUAGUACGGAUUAUAUGUAAAAUGUGAUAUAUAUCAACAAACUGAUUAUAUCUUGUUAACACCGGAUAGAUAUGUAAUCAUUAGCAGGUUCCAUAUGUGUAAUUAUACUCCUUGCUGAUGCAGUCUUAAAGAAUUUAAUUUUUGCUCAUUUGUUUAGCAGUGAACUUUCUUUUAAUUUUUAUAGGGAAAAAAUGUCUCUGGGAAUCUGGAGGCUUCUUAAAUAUCUAGUCUGUUGUAUAUCUACAAAUACUUUUAUCAAAGAAAAUUUAAAGUUUUUUUUACGUUGAUGGUGAAAAUGGUGAACAACACUAUUAAUCUGGUGCUACAGUAAGAGAAUUUGAGGUAUAUAUAGAUUUUUUUUAACAAAUGUGGAAUGGAAUUGGUCCUCUGUAGCAGAAUGGGAAAAUGUUCUGUAAUAUAUGAAGUUCAGAGUUGAAGGAAAUAUAAAUUUCAAUACAUUUAAGCAAUGCACAUAUCCCUUGUAAAUAAUGUAGGAGAAUACAAAAUACAAGUUCGGCUAACAAAAGUUAGCUAUUGUAUGAUUUGGACUGAAUCACAAGUUUCUUUUUUUUUUACUUGUAUCAUUAUUAAACAUCUGCAUUUUA